UUCCUCCUAGCAAAGCUCCAGGUUCUCUGCUUUUCUGCUUUUACAGGGCAGCUGGGGGAGGGGGGGCAGGGGGAGGCUUCCAACCCAGGUGCAGGAGGACUCAGGGUCAUGCUGUUAUCACCAGCACUUCCUUUGAUCCCAAUCCAUGGACUGGGGGGGGGGGUGCCUCCUUAGGAGGUUAUCACAGGGGGGUGGCUUCUUGGGGUGACUGCCCUUGGCCAAGGCUGCUCCAUCCCUCCUGGGUGCAGGAUGCGGGAAGUGGAGGUGACCGGCCACCCCGUACUGCUGGUGAGGGAGCACCUGAAGUUUAGAGCGCUGGGGAGCAGAUGCCCUCAUGCUGGAGCCCCUCUCUGCAAAGGCUACUUGGCACGGGGCCGGUUGCGUUGCCCCUGGCAUGGUGCCUGCUUCAGCACUGAGACUGGUGACAUUGAGGAAUACCCCACCCUGGACUGUCUCCCCGUUUUCCAAGUCGCCGUGAAGGAGGGGCAGGUGUACAUCUUGGCCAAGAUGAAGGAUCUUGAAAGGAGUUGCAGAGUGAAGCUCAUGGCCAAGCAGUGCCAGCUGAACCCCCAGACGGUGCUGCUUCUUGGAGCAGGCCCCGCUGCUCUGACUUGUGCCGAGACGCUCCGACAGGAAGGCUUCACUGGCAGGAUCAUCAUGGCCACUCGGGAGAAGCACCUUCCCUAUGACAGAACAAAACUGAGCAAGGAAUUGGGGGCUGCAGCAGAGAGCAUUUAUCUCCGGACUCAGAGUUUCUUGGAUGCGCACGACAUUGAAGUCUGGAAGCAGAGAGAGGUGGUGUCUCUGGAUCCCACGGGCAAAAUGGCCCACUUCCGGGGUGGGACAUGCCAGGCAUACAACAGCCUGCUGAUCGCCACAGGCAGCAGGCCCCGGCCACUCAAGUGCCCAGGGUCGAAUCUGGAGAACGUCUGCAUGCUCCACACACCUGAAGAUGCCCAGCGGAUCCUGGACUUGGCUGUGGGCAAAGCCGUAGUGAUCGUGGGAGCUUCUUUCGUUGGGAUGGAGGUAGCAGCCAGCCUUGUUGGCAAAGCAGCCCACCUUCAGGUGGUGGAAAGAGAAGAGCUCCCCUGCCAGCUGGCCCUUGGAGGUCAGGUGGGCACUGUGGCCAUGAAGAUGCUGGAAGCCCAGGGAGUUCAGUUCCACCUAAAGGCGGAUGUGGCACAACUGCAGGGAGAAGACGGGAAGGUCACAAGCGUCGUUCUUGGCAAUGGUUCUGUUCUUCCUGCAGACCUGGUGGUCGUGGGGAUCAGCGUCACCCCGAAUUCCACUUUUGUCCAGGGAAGCACCAUCAGGCUCGACCGCAGUGGCGCCAUCCUGGUGGACCUGUCCAUGCAGACCAGCACCCCAUCUGUCUUCGCUGCUGGGGACGUGGCCUCCUUCCCUGUGGCUCUGCUGGGUGGGAAGACCGCAGCCCUCCAUCACUGGCAGAUUGCCCAAGCCCACGGACGCGUGGCCGCACUUAACAUGCUUCAGAAGCAGGAGCGGCUGGUGCCAUUCUUUUGGACCAAGCUGCAGUCAAAGAGCAUCCGAUAUGCAGGCUGCGGGACGGGCUACACGGAAACGGUGCUGAAAGGCCUUCUGGAGCAGGAGAGGUUCCUCCUCUUCUACAUCAGGGAUGGCUUCGUGACUGCAGCUGCCAGCCUGAACUCUGACCCCCUGGUGGCCCUGGUGGCCGAGGCCCUGCACUCAGGGAAGAGCAUCUCCAAGCAAGAGGCAGAGUAAGUCCCUUCCCAAGACUGCCAGCCCUUGAGCGCUUUGUGCCAGCCCCCUUUGAGCCAAGCCAUUUCUUUGCAGGAUGAUGGCAGAGAGAAAGGAGCUGCAGAAGAGUGAGACGCCCCUGUGGCCUGUGGGAACGGGCAGAGGGCACCACCUCAUCUGGCGGAAAUAAACCAGGAGCACGAA